GGCUAUCGCGAGAGGCGGCGAAGGGAGGGGAAAGAGGAGCCGAGAGGGCCGCGAGCGAAGGAGCCCGGCGGCCGGAGCUGCGUCGCGGUUGCUGAGGGGGGAGAAGGCCGCUGCCGCCGUCAUGGCGGGCGCCGCCGGGGGCUCGAGCGCCCAGGAGAAGCGGGCCACGGCGUCGCGCCUCAAAGCGGCCCUCAGCCUGAGCGCGGACGAGAGCGAGGCCGCGGCGAGCGAGCUGCGGGCGCUGCUGGAGACGGUGCUGAGCCCGCCGAGCGGCGGCGCCGGAGGAGGCGGCGGCGAGUCGGUGUCGGAGGCGCUGGCGUGGUGCCGCUGCCUGCUGGCGGGCGGCGAGCCGUGGGACAGCUUCGUGCAGGCGGUGCGGGCCUACGACCCGGCCACGCUGUGCGGCCUGGUGUGGACCGCCAACUUCGUGGCCUACCGGUGCCGGACGUGCGGCAUCUCGCCCUGCAUGAGCCUCUGCGCCGAGUGCUUCCACCAAGGCGAGCACGCCGGACACGACUACAACAUGUUCCGCAGCCAGGCCGGCGGAGCCUGCGACUGCGGCGACGGCAACGUCAUGCGGGAGGCCGGGUUUUGCAAAAGGCAUCGGAUAAAAUCAAGCUCAGAAGUUCCGUCUGUUCCAAAAGAUCUGUUGAUAAUGUCAGAACUAGUUCUUCCACAAUUCAUCUUCUGUCUUAUUCAGUACUUACGGGAAGGCUAUGAUGAACCAGUUCUUGAUGUUCCAUCAGAAAAAGACCUUCACAAAGUCCUUCAGAUAUUGGAAUCCCACAUUUCAUUUCUGGAAGAUCUGACAAAAAUGGGAGGAGCGAUGCGUUCAGUCCUUACUCAGGUUUUGACAAAUCAGCAGUUCUAUAAAGAUCUUAGCUCUGGUGGUGCAGAAAAUGCAUGUGCGAAGAAAAGCCACGAGAAGUAUCUUGUAGCUCUGAAAGGUUCUGGACUCACAUUUCCCGAAGACAAGGCUGCAUGUGGAGGGCAGGAGCAAGCAGCUGGAGGAGCAAGCUCUUCAGUAGUUCAAGGUUUUGCAGGUGCUACGCCAGCUUCAGGGCAAGGUGACUCUUCAGAUGAGGAGGACCAGGAUGGUGGCCAAGACGUGGGGAAACGCAAGAGGGUAAAACUAAGCAGCAGCACCAAAGAUCAAUCCAUUAUGGAUGUUUUGAAGCAUAAAUGUUUUCUAGAAGAAUUAUUAUUUUGGACAAUAAAAUAUGAAUUUCCCCAGAAGAUGGUAACUUUCUUACUCAACAUGCUUCCAGAUCAGGAUUAUAAGAUUGCUUUUACUAAAACUUUUGUGCAGCAUUAUGCUUUUAUUAUGAAAACCCUGAAGAAAAGCCAUGAAUCGGAUACCAUGUCUAACAGAAUAGUACAUAUUAGUGUCCAAUUGUUCAGCAACGAGGAGCUGGCACGCCAAGUGACAGAGGAAUGCCAGCUGCUUGAUAUUAUGGUUACUGUCCUAUUGUACAUGAUGGAGAGUUGCCUUAUUAAAAGUGAGCUGCAAGAUGAGGAAAACAGUUUGCAUGUAGUAGUGAACUGUGGGGAAGCUCUACUCAAGAACAACACCUACUGGCCACUUGUCAGCGACUUUAUAAAUAUCCUUUCACAUCAGAGCGUGGCUAAGAAAUUCUUGGAAGACCACAGGCUAUUAGUAACAUGGAUGAACUUUGUAUCAUUUUUCCAAGGAAUGAAUUUAAACAAGAGAGAACUUAAUGAGCAUGUUGAGUUUGAAUCUCAGACCUACUAUGCUGCUUUUGCCGCUGAGCUUGAGGCCUGUGCCCAGCCAAUGUGGGGGCUACUAUCACACUGCAAAAUCAGGGAGACGCAGGAAUACACACGAAACGUUGUUAGGUACUGCCUAGAAGCACUCCAGGAUUGGUUUGAUGCUAUCAACUUUGUGGAUGAGCCGACUCCUAAUCAGGUCACUUUUCACCUGCCUCUGCAUCGUUACUAUGCCAUGUUUCUAAGUAAGGCUGUUAAAUGCCAAGAGCUAGAUCUCGAUUCCCUCCUUCCAGACCAGGAGAUGUUGAUGAAGCUCAUGGUUCACCCACUUCAGAUUCAGGCAAGCCUCUCUGAAAUCCAUAGUAAUAUGUGGGUAAGGAACGGCCUGCAGAUUAAAGGACAAGCCAUGACUUAUGUGCAGUCCCACUUCUGUAAUUCCAUGAUUGAUCCUGACAUUUAUCUGUUACAGGUUUGCGCUUCAAGACUUGACCCAGAUUAUUUCAUUUCCUCAGUUUUUGAAAGGUUCAAGGUGGUUGACCUCUUAACAAUGGCUUCCCAACAUCAGAAUACAGUGCUAGAUUCAGAGCAUGAGAGAUCGAUGUUAGAAGGCGCCUUAACAUUUCUUGUCAUUCUUUUAAGUCUCCGUUUACACUUGGGAAUGACUGAUGAUGAGAUUCUUCGGGCAGAGAUGGUAGCUCAGCUCUGCAUGAAUGACAGGACUCAUAGUUCUCUACUGGACCUCAUUCCAGAAAACCCAAAUCCGAAAAGUGGCAUUAUUCCUGGAAGUUUAAGCUUUGAAUCAAUGCUGUCAGCUGUAGCUGAUUUUAAGGCUCCUGUGUUUGAACCUGGGGGCUCUAUGCAGCAAGGAAUGUAUACACCUAAAGCUGAAGUCUGGGAUAAGGAAUUUGACCCAGUCAUGGUAAUUCUCCGAACUGUUUACCGUAGAGAUGUGCAAUCUGCGAUGGACAGAUAUACAGCAUUCUUAAAACAAAGUGGGAAAGUGCAUGGAAACCCCUGGCCUCCUUACAAGAAACGGACACAUUUACACCCAAGCUACAAAGGACUCAUGAGGCUGUUGCACUGCAAAACUUUACACAUUGUGUUAUUCACUCUGCUCUACAAGAUCUUAAUGGAUCAUCAAAAUCUGUCGGAACAUGUCCUUUGCAUGGUUUUAUAUUUGAUUGAGUUGGGACUAGAGAACUCAUCCGAGCAGGAAGCUGAUGAAGAAGAUUCCAUGGGAGGACAAGAGCGCUGCCACGAUAGUUGGUUCCCAGGGAAUAACUUGGUGUCUAACAUGCGCCACUUCAUUAAUUACGUGCGCGUCAGAGUCCCAGAGAUGGCCCCAGAGGUGAAAAGAGAACCACCUGCAAGUACCAGCGCCGAUGGCUCAGCAGCUUCUCAGAAUUCAGGAACAGCACAAGUGUUCAGUCUGGUUGCAGAGCGCAGAAAGAAGUUUCAGGAAAUCAUCAAUCGGAAUACUACUGAAGCCAAUCAGGCUGUUCGACCCAAGACUUCAAUGAAGUGGUCUGCUCCAGGUGCAACUCCCCAGCUGACAACAGCUAUCUUGGAAAUCAAGGAAAGCAUAUUGUCUUUGCUAGUGAAGCUUCACCAUAAACUGUCAGGAAAGCAGAACUCUUAUUACCCACCCUGGCUGGAUGACAUGGAAACGUUAAUUCAGUGCGAAAACCCUAAGUACUUACAUGGGGAUGGAAUGACUGCGGUGGAAAGGAUUUUAUUGAAAGCUGCACUUCAAAGCAGAUUGAACAAACGUAUCAUUGAAGAAAUAUGUAGAAAAGUGACUCCACCUGUACCACCAAAAAAGAUUAGUCCGGCAGAGAAGAAAAUUUUGGACAAAGAAGAAAGGCGACAGAAGGCCAGGGAGAGGCAACAAAAGUUGUUGGCUGAAUUUGCAUCAAGGCAGAAAAGCUUUAUGGAAACCGCCAUGGAUGUUGAGUCACCAGAUGCAGAAAUUGCUAUGGAGAUAGCAACAGCAGAACAGCAUGUCCCUGAAGCUGUGUAUGAUUGUGUUAUUUGUGGACAGAGCGGCCCUUCCACUGAGGAGCGACCUGCUGGAUUAGUUGUGCUCUUACAGGCCUCUUCAGUUUUGGGGCAAUGCCGCAAUACUACUGAGCCCAAGAAGCUUCCAACCUCUGAAAAGGAGCAGAUUUAUCCUUGGGAUACGUGUGCGGCAGUGUAUGAAGCCCGCCUCGCCACUUUACAGCACUUCUUUAAAGAUAGUUCCUGUCUGCAAUCGGUAUCAAUUGGCUGGGAAGGAGGUGUGUAUGUACAAACUUGUGGCCACACGUUACACAUAGAUUGCCAUAAAUCCUACAUGGAAUCAUUGCGGAACGACCAGGUUCUCCAGGGCUUUUCAGUGGACAAAGGAGAAUUUACUUGUCCUCUGUGCAGGCAGUUUGCUAACAGCGUUCUUCCAUGUUAUCCUGGCAACAAUGUGGAGAGGAACCUUUGGCAAUGUCACAGUAACAAGACUAUGCAAGAUCUCAUAAAGGAAGUGGAAGAUCUUCAAGAGCAGCUGGGAACUUUCCCAUCAGAAACCAAUUUAAGUAAAGAAAUGGAGUCUGUGAUGAAGGAUAUCAAAAGUACUACCCAGAAGAAAUAUACUGACUAUAGCAAGACUCCUGGAUCACCAGACAAUGACUUUCUUUUCAUGUAUUCUGUAGCCAGGACCAACUUGGAACUUGAACUGGUUCACCGGGGAGGCAAUCUGUGCCUAGGAGGUGCAAGCACAGCUGGGAAGAGAUCGUGUUUACAUCAGCUGUUUCAUGUGUUGGCUAUGCACAUGCGACUCUACAGCAUUGAUUCUGCUUACAACCCAUGGAAGAAACUAACCCAAUUGAUGCAGAAUGAUGAGAGUUUGCAGAUUUGCAGUGAGGAACAGCCAGAAGUCCCAGUACUUUAUAGAGAUGCCUCAUCCCUUUUGCUCAUCCAGAUUUUAACAAUGCCACAGCCAUUGCGCAAAGAACACUUUACCUGUAUCAUAAAGGUGCUCUUCACAUUGUUGUAUAUACAAGCUCUUGUCGCACUUUCGGUUAAAUGCAGUGCUGAAGACAGGAUGACGUGGAUGAACUCAGGAGCUCUGAAAAAGAGUAUGUCAAAUGCAAAAAAGUCUUGGGAAGUACUACUGAGUCACGUGAUCAGUGAACUCUAUAACGGGAAGAUCUAUGAGCAAGAGGAAACUGAAGACCUAGCCAUGGACAGCACAAGCGCUUGGUGCCCACACUCCAUAGAGACUUAUUUGCAGCAGUUCUGUCUGCCUUUCCUCAGGAUUACCAGCCUUCUUCAGCACCAUCUCUUUGGAGCAGAGCUACCUAGCUGCCAGGAAGACGAAGAAUUUACCGUGCUUGCUAACUGCCUGGGUUUAUUACCACCAUCUUUCCAGUCAUCAGAGUUCUCCAGUGCCUCUUGUCUUGACUGGCCUGUGCCAGCCUUUGACAUAAUAUCCCAGUGGUGCUCAGAAUUGGUUUCAUUUGCAGGCAAGCAUCCAACCCAAGUAAAGAUUUUACUUAUACAAGAAGCUAAAUGGGACUUGCCGCGUCUCCUACAACUGCCUGAAAAUUAUAAUACCAUUUUCCAAUACUAUCACAGAAAAAGUUGUUCAGUCUGUUCCAAAGUUCCUAAAGACCCCGCCGUUUGUCUAGUCUGUGGCACUUUUGUGUGUUUGAAAGGACUUUGCUGCAAGCAACAGAGCUACUGUGAAUGUGUCUUGCACUCGCAAAAUUGCGGUGCUGGAACAGGCAUAUUUCUCUUGAUCAACGCAUCCGUCAUCAUCAUCAUUCGUGGUCAUCGCUUUUGCCUUUGGGGUUCCAUUUACCUGGAUGCACAUGGUGAAGAAGACAGAGAUCUCAGGCGUGGCAAACCUCUCUAUAUAUGUAAAGAAAGAUACAAAGUCCUUGAGCAGCAGUGGGUUUCGCACACCUUUGACCACAUCAACAAAAGAUGGGGGCCGCAUUAUAAUGGUUUGUAGGUCACUAACCACCCCGCUGUAACAUCACCCUUCUUAUCAGUGCUACCGGCAUGAGCUUUAAGUGAAUGGAAGUUCAGUCACUUCCCUGGGGAAGGUGUGAAUCGGCACCUUUGUACGAAACCCUGCGUUAUCCAGGUCCUGGUAAUAAGACGUGCAGUAAUUAAAAACACAAAGCAAUUAGUCCUCCUAAUCCGAGUACGGAAUCUAAAUUCAUUUGAUAGUUGUUGCUAUAUAAUCCACUAAUAAACAAGCACAAAUUGUACUUUAAAAAUGCCACUAAAUGGCGGAUGAGCGUUUUGUUUUGCCCCGGGUUGGGGUUGUGUAUGCUGAGGCACUGUAUAUGUGUAGUACACACCUGCUAAACAUACUGCUCCCCCCUUUACCCUUCUUUGUGUUGCUUUAAGAUUUUGAUUGAUAAUGUAUUUGUAAGUAUACAAGAGCUGUAACACUUCUGAUUUGUGAAAUUGUAUAGAAAUUGGUCUAAAGGAUUUUUAGAGAAUAUUUCACUUACUGCCGCGAAGCUAUGGAAAGAAGCUUCAGGCAAUACUGAAAACCUUACUCAUUCUCAGGAAUUUCAUAGAUAUACUCCAGAGAGAUUAGUGAAAUUAGCUGUAAAAUAGUUAGCUUGCUGCUCUUAAUGUAAUACAGUACAUAUACAGUAUUCUGUCUCUGCCAUUUCAGUUAGCUUUAUUUACUGGUAACUACUAAUGCAUCCAUUUUAUGGUCUGUGUACAUACGACUUUUGUAAGAUGCCCCCAAAUGGUAGAUCACAAUCCCAGCCGAGCAUAUCAUGGCUGUCUCAUUCCCACCUAGCCGUAGGUUUCAGUAAGGGGAAGGCGAAAGUCCUGCUGAGUUUCCUGCAAAUGAAGCAUAAGUUGAGGACUUUCCAAUGAGUUUCAAGAAGCCUCUUUGUAGUAUAUUCAUAGAGCAAGCACUGCCCUUUCUGCUUGACUUCCCUUAAUAGGGGAAUUUGGUAGGGGAGUUAAAUUGUGAGGUGGCAGUGGUUAAAAAAAAUUGCACCUCCUCUGAAUGGGGGUUGGGGCAUAUGUACAACUAUCCUCCAGUCUGCAUGGAGCAGUCAAGGCUGUACACAGAGAACCCUUUUUAAAAAGCGGAAAUCCAUGAAAAUCCAGUUGCUUGCAAUGAAAGGGGGGGGGGAAUCAAGGAGCAGCCUGAAUCGAGCCCUCCUCUGAAAGAAACAGCUGAUCAUCAUACUGGAUCACAGAGGAGAAUCACAUGUGCGGCUGUCCUUCAAGCUGGAGAUAUAUAUAUUUAUAUGUGCUUCCACUCAUAGUGGACCGUAGGACACUUAUAUUUAUUUAGAUGGCUUUGAAAUCCACAAGAAUGGGCAUCAUUGCGGAAUGAUGGGUGGGGAACACACCACAUACCACACUUAACCAGGCAGGGAAAAAACAGAUUGAUACUAUCUUGCUGCCAAAACCUUUUUCGUGUUUUUCACAGAAUAGUCAAACAGCUGUUGGACUCUUUCUAACACUUCUGUUGGUCAUUUCUGACACUUGCAUCCUUUGACUUAACAUAGCUUUUUUCUGUAAAGUGAAGUUUAUAUAUGUAAACUACCAUUAAAAAUAAAAAAAGAAAGAGUUGUAGCCAUAUAACCAUGUAUUCAGUUGAAAGCUGCUCUCUUUUCAAACGUCUGAUAGGAAAUCAGCUGCUGAAAUUCGGAUAGGAAAUAAUAAGGAAGUGGGGAUGUUCACAAGAUGAGCCUUAUAGGCCACAAAGUUUUUACACAACCUUAAGAAAAACACAUAGCAAUGGUUUGCUGUUUUAUUUAUAUAAAUUUAUCCGUGUGAAUAUUUAUAUAUAAGCACACGCAAACAUAUUUGGGUUCUACCUAGGAGCCUGCAUUUCAUUCACCAACUGAAAUAGGGUCUUUUCCAAAACAUUGCUACAUUUUUAAUAUUGUAUCGUAUAUUCUGCCUAUAAUAUUUUUGCAUUGCUCAUUUAUGAGUACCCAGCCAUUUUGUAAGCACAGCGGACAGGCAGAAAAGCUGCUGACAUUUCCGAGCAUAACGCGAUUACAGGAGUCUUGGAUUUGCUCUGUGUGGUUUUGAAACUUCACAAGAGAUGAUGUCAAAGGAAACAAGAGCCUCCAGAAACUGAAUGAGAUGUGCUAUUUAAAAUGGAAUGUUUUAUGACUGUGUAUAUGAGUGUGAAGUAAAAUUAUUAGCCUUAACUUUAAAAUCUUCGGAUUUCAUGGCGUUCAUUUUUAUACUGGUGAAUUAGUCACCGGUCAGUUUUUAAGAAAAAGAAAAGGCACUUGUUUGGAAAUCCUACUUGAAAUAUACCUGCAUGCUGCUGAACUAGAACUUUGAUUACUCCUAUAACUUUUUGAAAACCUGCUUUGUUAAGCUUACUUUGAAAAAUAACAGGUCCAACUAGAAUGGGUGUGUGUGUGUGUGUGUGUGUGUGUGUGUGUGUGUGUGUGCUGCUGCUGCUGCUGCUGCUGCUAUUCCUCCGACGUACUGGUGUGGUAUCUUGUAUGAACGAUCAUUUUAAGUACAGUACAUUACUGUGGAAACAGAAUCAGUCUUUGACACAUCAAAAUGCAAAACUAAAAAUACCGUAAUCAGCAUUGUAAAAUAUGUUAAUAAAAAGUCUACUGUCA